GAUUAAAGCCGGCAUCCCCUCAGUCUGACGGCAGGGCACAAGGGAAGAAGGAUCGGAAGGGCCUGGACUGGCUGAGCACAGACCAAUGCAUACUUUUCACUGAUGGCUGUGUAGCAAUAUCACUGAUUUGGGGAUUGUAGAAAGUACUGAAGGAAUCGGUAUAUAUUUAGCCGGCCCGUUAUAUUCACAGUUGUGGGUCGCUGAUCAUGGAGAUGCAGAAGUGGUCCACAAGGUGGAAAACGAAAAGGUGGCUUCAGGACUCCAAAGUCAUAACCACAGCCAUCCUCAUCUUCACCUUAACGUUCUCUCUUCAAGCUGGCUCUGUCCGAGGAGCUGGACCAGUUGAUGUGCUAAAAGUAUUAGAAUUUCAAAGUUUACCAGAAGGAAUAUCAAAAUCAGCAGGCUUUUGCACAACCAGAAAAGACUCAAAAGGACCAGAUGUUGCUUACAAAGUACAGAAAACAGCCCAAUUAAGUGCCCCAACAAAACAAUUAUUCCCAGGUGGAGUCUUCCCUAAAGACUUCUCCAUCUUAGCUACAAUUAAACCAAAUAAAGGAAACCAGGCCUUCCUCUUCUCUGUCUAUAAUGAGCAGGGCAUUCAGCAAUUGGGUGUCGAAAUUGGUAGAUCUCCUGUUUUCCUGUAUGAGGACCACAAUGGAAAACCUGCACCAGAAGAUUAUCCUCUGUUUAGGACAAUCAACAUUGGUGACGGCAAGUGGCAUCGGGUAGCUAUCAGUGUGCAGCAGAAAACUGUGACCAUGAUUGUUGACUGUAAGAAGAAGAUGACAUUACCGCUUGGCCGAAGUAAUGAUGCAAACAUUGAUGUCAAAGGCAUCACAGUCUUUGGAACUAGAAUUUUGGAUGAAGAAGUUUAUGAGGGAGCCAUCCAGCAGCUACUGAUUGUUGACGACCCAAGAGCAGCUCACGAUUAUUGUGAGCACUAUAUGCCAGAUUGCCAUGGUACAGUUCCAAACAUGCCCCAAGCCCAAGAACCCUCAGUUGAUGAUUAUAUUACUGAAGAACCACUCACUUACGAGUAUGAGUAUGGGGACCUUGAUUACUCAGACCCUGAGACUUUAACAGAGGGAACCACACAAACGGAGGAGCUCGUAACAUUGCCACCAACUGAGAAAAGAAAGCACAAUUCCAAACAGAAGAAGAAGACACUGUCACCUAAAACUAAGGCCAAAUCCAAAAGGGUUACAUCUAAAAAAUCAUCAAAAUUUUCAGCUGUGAAGAAGAAAAGCAUGGCUGGUUACCAAGCGACAACAGCAGAAAAACUAGGGGUCAAUGUGGUGGAAAGAGUUGAAAGUGAACAAUACACAAAUGAGUACGACUACGGAACAGAAGCUCCCAUUGUGACAUCUGGACCAAAUGAGGCUGUUGAAGAGGAAAUUACAGAAGAAACCUUAACUGAGGAUUAUAAUGUGGAGAAGGAAAUAACUGACAAGGCAGACUAUGAAACAAAAGAAGCUGAUGUCAAGGAGUAUGGCACUGAAGUUCAUAGUGUUAACCCAACUGAUCCUAACGAAGCUGAUGUUAAGGAAUAUGAUAUGAAAGAAUAUAUUCCUGGGGAAUAUGAUCUUAAGGAAACUGAUAUUAAAGAAUAUGAUCCUAAGGAAUUUGAUUAUUAUGACAUUAGUGAAUUUGGAGAAGGUCCUACUGUUGUCACAAAUGAGGAGUUUGGUCCAGGCAGACCAGCAGAGACAGAUAUCACUGAAACAAGUGUGAAUGGUCAUGGUGUAUAUGGUGAGAAGGGGCAAAAGGGUGAACCAGCUGUCAUUGAACCUGGAAUGCUUAUUGAAGGACCUGCAGGACCAGAAGGACCAGCAGGUCUUCCUGGCCCCCCAGGGCUGCAAGGUCCCCCUGGUCCCGCUGGUGAUCUUGGUGAGAGGGGCCCUCCAGGACGUUCAGGUCUACCAGGUGCUGAUGGUGUGCCCGGGCCCCCAGGCACCAUGCUGAUGUUACCGUUCCGGUUUGGAAGUGAUGGUGAGAAAGGACCUGUCGUCUCUGCUCAGGAGGCACAAGCUCAAGCAAUUCUUCAACAAGCUAGGAUUGCAAUGAGAGGCCCUCCAGGCCCAAUGGGGCUAACUGGAAGACCAGGACCUGUGGGUCUUCCAGGAUCCACUGGUCUUAAAGGUGAUAGUGGAGAACCAGGUCCUCAGGGUCCUCGUGGUAUCCAAGGUCCCACGGGAAGUCUUGGUAAAGCAGGGAAAAGGGGUCGAGCAGGUGCUGACGGAGCCCGAGGACUUCCAGGAGAACCAGGAUCAAAGGGUGACAGGGGAUUUGAUGGUCUUCCAGGCCUUCCUGGUGAAAAAGGUCACAGGGGAGAGCUUGGACCACAGGGCCCUCCUGGUCCCCCUGGAGAAGACGGAGAAAGGGGAGAAGAUGGAGAGGUUGGACCUCGUGGAUUACCUGGUGAAGCUGGUCCAAGAGGACUGCUUGGCCCAAGAGGACAACCCGGCCCACCUGGACAACCUGGUGUAGCAGGUCUUGACGGCCCCCAGGGACCUAAAGGAAACAUGGGCCCGCAAGGAGAACCUGGGCCUGCCGGUCAGCAAGGAAUCUCUGGUCCACAAGGUCUUCCUGGUCCUCAAGGUCCUAUUGGCCCUCCUGGUGAAAAAGGGCCACAAGGCAAAUCUGGACUUCCUGGGCUUCCUGGAUCUGAUGGGCCACCUGGACAUCCUGGAAGAGAAGGACCUCCUGGGGAAAAAGGAGCUCAGGGGCCUUCUGGUCCUCAAGGUCCCAUCGGUUAUCCCGGGCCUCGAGGUGUCAAGGGUGCAGAUGGAGUCCGUGGUCUUAAGGGAUCCAAAGGUGAAAAAGGUGAAGAUGGUUUCCCAGGUUUCAAGGGUGACAUGGGCAUAAAAGGAGACAGGGGUGAAGUUGGUGUUGUUGGACCAAGAGGUGAAGAUGGCCCUGAAGGUCCAAAAGGUCGAUCUGGUCCUAAUGGAGAAUCUGGUCCUGCUGGUCUUGCUGGUGAAAAGGGAAAACUUGGAGUACCAGGAUUACCAGGAUAUCCGGGAAGGCAAGGUCCAAAGGGUUCAACUGGAUUCCCUGGAUUCCCAGGUGCCAAUGGAGAGAAGGGUGCUCGAGGUUUGGCUGGGAAACCAGGUCCAAGAGGACAGAGAGGUCCAACAGGUCCUCGUGGUGGAAGAGGUCCUAGAGGUCCCACUGGAAAACCUGGUCCGAAGGGUACUUCUGGAAAUGAUGGUCCUCCUGGCCCACCCGGAGAAAGGGGACCUCAAGGGCCACAGGGACCCGUUGGAUUUCCAGGACCAAAAGGCCCCCCAGGUCCACCUGGUAAAGAUGGAUUGCCUGGACACCCAGGGCAAAGAGGUGAAACAGGAUUCCAAGGCAAGACAGGACCUCCAGGCCCAGGUGGAGUUGUUGGCCCACAGGGUCCAACUGGAGAAACUGGUCCCAUUGGAGAGAGAGGGCAUCCAGGACCUCCUGGACCACCAGGAGAACAAGGUCUUCCCGGCGCUGCUGGAAAAGAAGGUGCAAAGGGUGACCCAGGUCCACAGGGUGUUUCUGGAAAAGAUGGUCCACCAGGUCUCCGUGGAUUCCCUGGAGAGAGAGGUCUACCUGGUGCACAGGGACCUGCAGGAUUGAAAGGAGGUGAGGGCCCCCCUGGACCACCUGGCCCAAUUGGAUCACCUGGAGAACGUGGAGCUGCUGGUGCCGCUGGUCCAAUUGGUCUUCCUGGACGUCCAGGUCCACAAGGCCCAGUCGGUCCUGCUGGAGAAAAAGGUGCACCUGGUGAGAAAGGACCUCAAGGUCCAGCUGGCCGCGAUGGAAUCCAAGGUCCAGUAGGUCUGCCUGGUCCUGCUGGUCCCCAGGGCCCCCCAGGUGAAGAUGGUGAUAAGGGAGAAAUUGGAGAGCCAGGUCAGAAAGGCAGCAAAGGUGCUAAGGGUGAAAAUGGUCCUCCUGGUCCAGCAGGUCUUCAAGGUCCAGUUGGCGCACCAGGUCCAGCUGGUGGUGAUGGUGAACCUGGCCCAAGAGGUCAACAAGGCAUGUUUGGCCAGAAAGGAGAUGAAGGUCCCCGAGGCUUUCCAGGUCCCCCUGGUCCAAUUGGCCUGCAAGGUCUGCCUGGCCCCCCAGGUGAGAAGGGUGAAAAUGGUGAUGUUGGCCCCAUGGGUCCACCAGGACCACCUGGCCCAAGAGGUCCCCAAGGUCCCAAUGGAGCUGAUGGUCCACAAGGUCCUCCUGGUGCCAUAGGCUCUCCUGGAGCUGUGGGUGAGAAGGGUGAACAAGGUGAAGCUGGCAAUCCAGGUCCUCCAGGAGAACGCGGCAAGCUGGGUCCUAAAGGUGAAAGAGGAGACAAAGGUGAAGCUGGUCCACCUGGUGCAGCUGGCCCUGCUGGGGCAAAGGGACCUCCUGGUGAUGAUGGACCAAAGGGUAACCCUGGUCCUGUUGGAUUCCCUGGUGAUCCUGGUCCUCCUGGUGAACCUGGCCCUGGUGGAGUAGAUGGACCAGCUGGAGAGAAAGGAGAAGAUGGAGAAGCUGGUCAACCUGGUCCUCCUGGUCCUUCUGGAGAAGCUGGCCCACCUGGACCUCCUGGCAAGAGGGGACCACCUGGAGCUCCUGGUGCUGAGGGAAGACAAGGAGAAAAGGGUGCUAAGGGAGAACCAGGUGCGGAAGGUCCCCCAGGGAAAACAGGCCCUGUAGGUCCCCAAGGACCUCCAGGAAAACAAGGGCCAGAAGGGCUUCGUGGCAUACCAGGUCCAGUGGGUGAGCAAGGCCUUCCGGGUGCUCCUGGGCAGGAUGGACCUCCAGGACCAAUGGGUCCACCAGGUUUGCCUGGCCUGAAGGGUGAUCCUGGUUCUAAGGGUGAGAAGGGUCACCCAGGUUUGAUCGGUUUAAUUGGACCUCCUGGUGAGCAAGGUGAAAAGGGUGAUCGAGGUCUGCCAGGACCACAGGGGUCGCCAGGUUCAAAGGGUGAUUCUGGCAUUUCUGGUCCUGCUGGUCCUCUGGGACCACCUGGCCCUCCUGGAUUGCCUGGUGCUCAAGGUCCAAAGGGAGCUAAAGGGUCAACAGGUCCUGCUGGCCAGAAGGGUGAUGAUGGAUUUGCAGGUCCCCCUGGACCUCCAGGUCCACCUGGUGAAGUUGUCCAACCCUUGCCAAUCCGACAUCCAAAAAAGACAAAGCGAGCAGCUCCUGAUACAAUGUCUGAUGCCGGGGAUAAUAUUCUGGACUAUGCUGAUGGCAUGGAGGAAAUAUUCAGUUCCUUAAAUAAUCUGAAGCAAGAUAUUGAACAUAUGAAGUACCCAAUGGGCACACAAAAUAACCCAGCUCGAACAUGUAAAGACUUACAGCUCUGCCAUCCAGAAUUCCCUGAUGGUGAAUAUUGGAUAGAUCCUAACCAGGGAUGUACUGGAGACUCUUUCAAGGUAUACUGCAACUUCACUGCAGGUGGUGAGACCUGUAUCUAUCCAGACAGGAAGUCUGUGGAGGUCAGACUUUCAUCUUGGCCUAAGGAAACUCCGGGAACAUGGUUCAGUGAAUUCAAACGAGGUAAACUGCUUUCCUAUGUAGAUGCUGAAGGCAGUUAUAUUAAUUCAGUCCAACUGACAUUCCUCAAACUGCUGACUGCCUCUGCCAGACAGAAUUUUACAUACAUUUGUCACCAGUCAGUUGCUUGGUAUGAUGAAUCAACAAGGAGCUAUGACAGAGCCUUAAGGUUCUUAGGAUCAAAUGAUGAAGAGAUGUCUUAUGAUAACAAUCCUAAUAUGAAAGCCCUCAUGGAUCAGUGUGCAUCAAGGAAAGGUACUGGAAAGACUGUAAUUGAGAUCAACACACCAAAAAUUGAUCAGGUGCCAGUCAUUGACGUGAUGGUAAAUGACUUUGGAGAUCCAAGCCAAAAGUUUGGAUUUGAAGUUGGUCCUGUUUGUUUCCUUGGUUAAGCUCAUGGCAAAGAGGAGAUCAACAAGCAAGAUGCGACUUGGUGCCACCGACCCACUUCAUGCCACAUGCAAGUUCUGAAUAAGGAUGGCAUAGAAAAUACCUUUCACAAUGUAUGUAUAGUCUAGAACAGACUUGUUGCCCUUGUAGGGCCAGAAUCACAUGGACUUGAAUCUAUUAUGACAAGUUGUGAAGGACAUCAGGUGCUAUGGUGGCGAAUGGUGUAUAAAAAUUCAACAACAGGAAAGGUACUUGUAUGACCCCCUCCGGAUUAAUUCCUUUGCCCUGUACAGUAUGACUGUAAUGGUGCUCUUAAGAAUGCUUUAAUAAGGUGCUAAGAAGGUGUGUUUAAUAAACUGUAAUUAUUCAAUGUACAAUACAUUUUUUUCUGUGCUCCUUUUCAAAACUUGCAUGUGUCAGACUUUUAUCUGGUUAUUAUUUUAUAUUUUCCAAAAGAAAAAAAACUUUUGUCCUGAAAAACUGUGUAUGUAUUAUGAAAAAUAAAAUGACAACUUCCAGUAAACCAAUUCCCUCAUUGUCAUUGUAAUAAAUCCCUUUAUAUUUAUUAAACACAAAGCACUCUUUCUUGCUUAUAGUCACCUUCAAGACCUCCGGUGGCUAAACUGGAAACCUUUGAUGGCACACAAAAAGCAACACCUUCUUGCAAUUCUUGGUCUUUUCGAAGUUUUUUAAUGAAACAGCACUGUAUUUAGUGCUGUUUGGAAUGGUGCUAUACCUCAGGCUUUCUCAGUAAUAUGCAUUUUUUUCCAGAUUUACAAGGUAACAUGUAUAUACCUUUAGAAAGCAUGUUUAUAUAUUGUGGGAUAGGAACUGUCAGAAAAGGGGUACUGAUUUGCAAUGUAUUGUCUUUUUGUGAACUAAAUGACAAUAUAUAGCUAUUUUAUUUCUGUAUCUCAUCUAAACUUGUCUGAAUGUGUGUGCAUCAGUUCACAUAAAUAUUAAAACUGGAUACUAAACAAUUAUUUAUGGAUUCUUGAAGUGUUUACUUAAUGUAUGGCCGAUCAGACUCUCACCUCCAUCAGUUACUAAACUCCAUAUAAAAAGCCAAAAAAAAAACAUACCUCCAUGUCAAAACCUGCUUUACCUAUAUUUCAAAAUGAGACCAGAGACAGAGAUAUGUCUAGGUCACGUGUUUCUACCUAGUUGCUAAGCAACAUAUAAGGGGACUGCUACCUACAAAGCUUAUUUUUUGAAACAAAACAUUUGUGAAUUUCAGUCCAGUGCUGAUUAAUUUAAUGGAUGGUUUAAACUUCCACAGUCUUGUCCCACUUGCAAUGGUGGCAGUAGUAAUAACAUUUACAAUUUAAAGCAAUGUAUUUAUAAUUAUUUUCUUUUAACACAUUAUUUGAAAGACUUGAAAGCAAAUGUUUGUUACUAUUGCUCAGCUGAAUUGUUAAAUUAAUUCAUACCAGAUUCCACUGGAUCAUUACAGGAUACUUCAAACAUACUUACAUGUACAGACUGAGAUACAGACAAACAUUUUUUGUUGUUAAGAAUUUCAUUUUUUAAACCAAAGUUUGUAACUGUCAGCCUCAAAGAGGAAAUAAUUUUAUGAAUAAAGAUUAAGUCUUGUUUACUUGGAA